AUGACUCCUGGAUUAUCAGAGUCAGGAAUGCAGAAGGAAGCUCAGGUGCAGAAAGUGCAGAAGUUGGAGGCUCCACAGUUUCCUUCACUAGGUGCUCCUCAUUACUCUGACUCCAGUUCAGUCUUCACUGAUGAGUACAGCUACCGAUCGCUAAGCCACUGCCUUCGCUCCAACAUUUUUCCUGGGCCUCCUGUAGAGUGGUCCACUCUGGCUAAAGACUCCUACAUCAGUCACAGUCUGCAGUCUCUGACCCCUGAUCCACAGCACUGGUACGGCCGCAGAACUGAUGACAUGAUGAGAUGGACUGAGAGGAACAUCAUCAACCAGAAGCUGCAGAAAGCUCUGAAGGAACUGGAGCAGAAGAAUGUGGCUAAAUGAUUCAGCAAUUUCUAACCCCACACACACACAAACACACCUCUGCAUAUAGAUAUCUGUACGACAUACUUUGAUUGACCACAUGCAGUCACACCUCCAAUAAAACUACAGUGUAAAAUAAUUCUAAUGCCGUUUAUUAAUCAGAGGAUCACACAGCUGAUCUGAGUCGUUAAAAAGGGCUCUAUUGAUCAACCACACAAUUCUACACUUCACAUAUAUAAUGACCCAAAACACAUUGAAAGUUCUUGAAUGGCCACAUCAUCACAUCAACGGCCAACUGAGCAGUGAAAUUUAUUUGUACAGCACAUUUUACAACUGACCACAA